AGUGCACGCCUGGGAUCAAGUUAUUUUCUGGUCGGGCUCUAUAAAAGAGCUGGAGCAGGAAGUUUGUUCACAUCCGACACCAUGAAGGUUCUGCUGCUCACACUGGUGACUCUGCUGCUGUGCAGCACACAAGUGCUCACACUGCAAUGCUACUCCUGUGAAGGUGACACUGACCACAUCUGCAAGACCGUGACGACUUGCCAAAGCACAUCCAUGUACUGUAAAACAUACAUCAAGGGUGAUGACAUUUCUCGAAGCUGCGAGGAAUUCUGUCAGGAAGACUUUUUCACAACCUGCUGCCAGGAGGACCUCUGCUAGUCCUGAGACACCUCGUUCACCCCACUGUCCAGAAAAUGGAAACCAUCUAAUGAAAUGAACUAUAUAAACAUCAGUGUCAUGUACCAAAGUCUCCUGUGAUUAUCAUGUCACUGAUUUCCCUUUAAACUGAAAUAUAACAUUCCCAAAGACUAAA